CCAGGAGGCUCCCGGUGAGCCCCGGCCAUGUAGGUGCAGUCCGGGGCUCCGCCACCGGCCACCGUCAACAUGCAGCAGGGCUACGCGGCCGUCCUGUGUGUCCUGGCUGUGCUGGGGCUGGAGGCUGCUGCGCCGGGCGAAUGCGAGCUCACCCGCCUGCUCCAGGACAAGCUGCAGUACGAGAUGCGCCUGCAGUACAUGAAACACUACUUCCCUAUCGACUACACCGUCCAGGUCCAGUACGAAGAGGUGCUGAGGCCGUCCAACAUCACCCGCCUGCGCAAUGGGACGGUGUCGGAGGCGGCACUGCGGUACCUCUGGUUCCACGUCAGCUCCCAGGCGGUGUUGCGGAUCCGCGAGGUGCUGCCGGAGAAGCACCCAUCCUGGAAGUACACCCAGGAGCUGUGCCAGCUCUUUGACGCCCUGGGCAAGGAGUACAGCAAGUACCGGCAGACAGACGUGGAGGCGGUGGUGGCCGACCUGGUGAAGCUGGUCCACAGCGCAGGCGCCGAGAGCCGGAGGAAGGCCGUGCGCCCCAAGGCGCUGCUGGACAACUGCCUCAAGGUCAUGCGGAUGCUCUACGGAGUGCCCUGUCGGUGGGAGUCCACCUAAUGCUGCAGAAGACCCCUCGCUCGACGCCUUCUUGCCCUGGAGCCUGGGAUGCUGCCUCUGCUCUGCCCCCCCCGCCAGCAGACCCCCUUGGGGGAUCCCCAUGGAAGGUGCAAAGCAGGGGGGGGGACACAAAUGCCACCCCCUCCAGGACCCUGGGACUGUGCACGGCCAGGGGGUCGGCCCCAUCCGAAACGCCAGGCACCUUUUGCACGAGUGCGGGCUGGGGGGGCUCGG